CAAAGUUAAACCCCAGAAGAAUCCUCUCUUGUACAAUUCCAUUACCAGAAGAAAUCAUGACUACUUCAUCUCCAACUAAUGAAAACCCAGGAGCUUCUUCUUCUUCUUCUUCUUCUUCUUCUUCGGUGGAUGUUGAAACCCUAAGAAGAGAUCGAAUCCUUUCUAGUAAACUCUAUUUUGAUGUUCCACUCAGAAUGGUUCCUCUAAUUUAUUCAUCUUCUUAUGAUAUCGCCUUCUUAUGUAUCGAGAAAUUGCAUCCAUUUGAUUCUUCGAAAUGGGGUCGAAUUUGUCAGUUUCUUAUUAAGGAUGGUGUAUUAGAACGAAGUCGGAUUGUUGAGCCUUUGGAAGCUUCAAAUGAUGAUCUCCUUGUGGUACAUUCAGAGUCAUAUUUGAGUAGUUUGAAAAGCAGUUAUAAGGUCGCUAUCAUAAUUGAGGUCCCACCUGUUGCGUUACUACCAAAUUGUCUUGUGCAGCAAAAGGUUCUCUACCCGUUUUGCAAGCAGGUAUGGGGAACUAUUUUAGCAGCAAAGCUCGCGAAAGAGCGGGGUUGGGCAAUUAAUGUUGGUAGAGGUUUUCAUCAUUGCUGUGCAUAUAAACGGGGUGGAUUCUGUGUCUAUGCAGAUAUAUCUCUUUGCAUUAUAUUUGCAUUUACUCGGUUGAAUAUUUCAAGGGUGAUGAUCAUUGAUCUUGAUGCGCAUCAGGGGAACGGACAUGAAAUGGACUUUGGAAAUGAUAGUAGAGUUUAUAUCCUGGACAUGUACAAUCCCGAUAUUUAUCCCUUUGACUUUAAGGCAAGAACUUACAUUGAUCAGAGUGUCCAAGUACAGAGCGGGACUCCAACACAAGUGUAUUUAGAAGAAUUAGAUAAAGCACUCGAGGUUGCUGGGAAUAAUUUUAAUCCCGAGUUGGUUGUGUACAAUGCUGGCACUGAUAUCCUCGAUGGAGACCCUCUGGGACAGUUGAAGGUGAGCCCUAAUGGAGUAGCCAGUAGAGAUGAGAAGGUGUUUAGAUUUGCCAAAAAAAAGAACAUUCCUCUUGUCAUGCUUACAUCAGGUGGCUAUAUGAAAUCAAGUGCUAAAGUUAUCGCAGAUUCUUUAAUGAACUUAUCAGUUAAAAGGUUGAUUGAUUUGGCGUCUCCCCCUUUGGGAACCUAAAAACUGUUUCAACGAACUUUUUGUUGUGUACAUAUGUGAGGGUGCAAAGGUAAAUUUACAUUCCCUAUGGUUUACAGCGACAGUACUUGGUUUGCAACUUUGCACUGAUGUAUAAAUACAUUUCUAGAGUCUAGACAGUGCCAGAUAAUCGAUAACAAAAUGUUUGUGUACAACAAUUGUACUAUAUAAUGUAAAGGAAACCCUAUCAAUCUUUCUUU